AGGACGGUCAAGGGGAAACCCACUUGAAAAACAAAGUAUAAUUGAAGUGAUAAGUGUUAAUAACAGAAGUAUGUUAAAGACACUUAAAGGCCAGAAGAAGCAGUCCAGAGAGGAGCCAAAUAAAGCAACAAUGCUAACGAGCUUCCCGGAGCAGCAGCCACUGGAGGAGCUGGAAGAAACAUUUCUAAUCUUUCCAAGGAAGGCACCACCCCAAACAAAAACUCUUUGCCAAGACCCACCUGCUAUGAUGGAGGCCUGUGUUUUGAUGCCUUGAAGCCCUUGAAACCAAGACACUAGAAUCUGGACUCUGAGUGGAGCUUCCUGUUUGUGCCUCUAAUCUUUGGCUCUGAGAUGCAAGUGAAUCCGAGGAAUAGACUCUUAGGGGGUCAGCCCCUCAAAAGGAUGAGGUCGCCAUGAUCUUAUUCCAGAGCUCCGGUACCCACAUCCUAUCUUCCUGUGUCAGAAUCCAGCAGAUCGUUUCCCUAGUCACGGAAAUACUUGAAUCUUUGCUCUUUGUCAUACUGAGCUCUUAAUUGGCUUUGGCCCAUCACACUGUUAGAUAUAAAGGCUACAAUCCCCAGACUAAGUAGGUCUCCAGCUGGGGUAGGAGUCUCGGCCAAGACAGACAAGGAACAAGAACCUGCAGUCUGCUCCUUCACCCAGCCCCUAUAGUCAGCUUUUUAGGACUGAGAAACUGAUACAAGAUCCCAAUUUACUUUUUCCUUAUCUUCCAUUCCACUGACAGGAAACCCUAGAAGAGACACUUAAAGGCCAGAAGCAGCAGCCCAGGAGGAGACAGCAGAAAGAUGGGGAGUGGAGUCAGUGCUGAGGACAAAGAACUGGCCAAGAGAUCCAAGGAGCUGGAAAAGAAGCUGCAGGAGGAUGCUGACAAAGAAGCCAAGACUGUCAAGCUGCUACUGCUGGGUGCUGGGGAGUCGGGAAAGAGCACUAUCGUCAAACAGAUGAAGAUCAUUCAUCAGGAUGGCUACUCGCCAGAAGAAUGCCUGGAGUACAAGUCCAUCAUCUAUGGGAAUGUGCUGCAGUCCAUCCUAGCCAUCAUCCGGGCCAUGUCCACCCUGGGCAUCGACUAUGCUGAACCAAGCUGUGCGGACGACGGGCGACAGCUCAACAACCUGGCCGACUCCAUUGAGGAGGGCACCAUGCCCCCUGAGCUGGUGGAGGUCAUCAGGAACUUGUGGAAGGACGGUGGGGUGCAGGCCUGCUUCGACAGAGCUGCAGAGUACCAGCUCAACGACUCGGCAUCUUACUACCUGAACCAAUUAGACCGGAUUACAGCCCCUGACUACCUCCCUAACGAGCAAGACGUACUACGAUCCAGAGUAAAAACCACAGGCAUCAUUGAGACCAAGUUUUCCGUCAAAGACUUGAACUUCAGGAUGUUUGAUGUGGGAGGGCAGAGAUCAGAGAGAAAGAAGUGGAUCCACUGCUUUGAGGGAGUCACCUGCAUCAUUUUCUGUGCAGCCCUCAGUGCCUAUGAUAUGGUGCUGGUGGAAGAUGACGAAGUGAAUCGUAUGCAUGAGUCAUUGCACCUGUUCAACAGCAUAUGUAACCACAAGUUCUUUGCGGCUACUUCCAUUGUUCUCUUUCUCAACAAGAAGGACCUCUUUGGGGAAAAAAUCAAGAAAGUCCAUCUCAGCAUUUGUUUUCCAGAGUAUGAUGGAAACAACUCUUACGAGGAUGCAGGGAAUUAUAUCAAGAGUCAGUUCCUUGACCUCAACAUGCGAAAAGAUGUCAAAGAAAUCUAUAGUCACAUGACCUGUGCUACAGACACCCAAAAUGUCAAAUUUGUAUUCGAUGCAGUUACAGAUAUUAUCAUCAAAGAAAACCUCAAAGACUGCGGGCUCUUCUAACCUUCACUAUUUCUCAAGUAUACCUUCUAUCAACAGGCUUGGAAUCUGGGUAAUUUCAAGCAGAAAAUUACGGGUCAAUAUACCAUGACAUGGAGAAUGAAUGCCUUCUCCCUUGGAGAUAGAGAAGCGUGAUUGUAACCGUGUCUCACACAUUCUUCUCAA